AUGGAAUCUCUGACUCCCUCACCAAGCAUAGUAGAUAUGAAUCUGAAGAUAACUCACGUAGAAUGCCAUCCUGAAUGCUUGGUUGUAGUGUUCCAGGGUCAAUACAAGGCAGGAUGUGAGCUUGACUAUUACAUACUACAAAAUGAAAUACAACGUGUAUUCAAAGUAAAAGAUAAUGUUUACGUUGGUGGAUCUUGUUUGGUGGAAGACACAGAAGGAAAAUGGCAUAGAGGAAGAGUUCUGGAAAAGAGAGAGAAUAUGUGUGAGGCUUUUCUUAUGGACACUGGGCAAGUGCUAGCGGUUGAGGAAACACAUCUUGCUUCUGCUUGCGAUGAAUUGUUUCAGCUGCCUCCAAAGGUUGUUUUGGGUGUUUUUGCAAGCAUACUUCCUCUUGGAGAAAAAUGGGGUCCAAAAGCCAUUAACUAUUUUUCAUCUCUGGUAGGAUUACAGAUUGCAGGUCAUGUGAAAGCUGUUAUACCAUACCAACUGUUUAUUCUAGAAGUACCAAAGAUCAUUAGUGAUGUUCUUGAACUGCAGUUAGGAAAAUCUAUUGAUGGAGAUUCAUUUUGUCUUAUUGUAGAUACGUUAAGAGCGUUUCCUCAAGAAAUGCUUUGUAAGAGAGUGCCACAGUUGUUGCAACAGAAGUAUCCAGUCAAGGAGUUGCUUACUUUCAGUGAUUCUGAGAAACCAACAGAUUUUUGGCCAGUUCCAGAUGAUCUCUUUCCACGUGUACCUGUUGGCAGUAAAGAAAAUGUAAAAAUAACUGUUGCAGUAAGCCCAAAUAAAUUUUACUGUCAGAUACAGAAAUGGCAGAAAGAGCUGGAAGAUUUGACAGGAGCUAUGCAUUUGUACUAUGAAGCUAUCAGUACAGAAAAUAACAAAUCUUUUGAUAGUUUAGGGCUACUCUGUGCUGCCAAAAGGCAAAAUGGACAAUGGCAUAGAGGAGUGAUAAAACAGCUGCUCUCUGACCGUGUGGAAGUCUGGUUUAUGGAUUUUGGCAAUAUUGAAGCUGUGCCAUCUAGUUGUGUUCAGAAACUUAAAGUAGAGUUCAUGGCAUUACCAAUGACUUCAUUUCCAUGUGCGCUGUCUUGUUUUGGUAGUCAGGAUGAAACAGUAAUAAAAAUUCAGCUGAAAGAACUUAUACAGGCCUUGAUAGGACAGACUUCUGUAUGUGUCCAUGUUGAUUUAUUCAAUGACAUUAAACGCUUAUAUUAUGUUACGCUGCAAAAUCAAAAUCUUGGAAUUAAUGUUAAGCAUCCAGAAAACCUGAACAAGGCAGCUGCAGCAUGUGUCUCGCUUUUGGAGACAAAAAUCACAAGUAUUGCUGUAAACUACAAACCAUGUGAUGAGAGAUACAAUUCAUUUAAGAACUGUACUGGAAGUAAACAUACAAAAAACUGCUUACCUGAAUGGGAUAUUUCUUUGUUAAGCCGCUGCAAAAGGGUAGAAAUGCAAAUUAAUUCUUUCCAUGCUGCUUUUGUGGUAUAUGUCAUAAAUCCAUCUGACUUCUGGAUUCAAACAUGUGAAUAUCAGAAUGAAUUUCAAGCCUUGAUGAAAAAUAUUGCAGAUGCAUAUAACCAAUGUGGAGCUGAUGAAAUGGUCCUUAAAAACCCAGAACCUGGAUUGCUGUGCUGUGCCCGGUAUAGCAAAGACAUGCAUUAUUAUCGGGCUGUUGUCAUUGAAGUGCUUCAUGUAAAUAUUACUGUCUAUUUUUUGGACUAUGGAAAUACAGAUACAGUACCCUAUUAUGAUGUGAAAACAUUGCUUCCUGAGUUCUCUGAUUUACCAGCUUUAGCUGUGUGUUGUGCACUUGCUUGUACGUUUCCUGUUGAUGAUGUGUGGGUUAAAAAGGAAACGGAUUUCUUCAAAGAGGUUGUGUUUGACAAACUACUCCUGCUUCAUGUCAUUGGAAAGCAAAACAACAAGUAUAUUGUUAAUGCUCAGUAUAAGAAUGAUUUGCAGCAAGGAGAUGUUGCCACGUGUAUGGUUCAAGCUGGAUAUGCUGAACAUUGGGAAAAGACACCAGAUUCUGUUCUAAAUUCAGCAAAAAAAAAUCUUCAAGCUGUUCUUCCAGAUUUCCUUACUCUGGAAAGUCAAGCAUUUCGAUGUGGACUUAAAAAUGUACCCUUACAGAUUGACUCACUUAAUUGGUCUGAAGAAGUGCGUAUACAUUUUGAAGACUUCAUUUCUGCUUGUAGAGGACCACUGACUUGCAUCAUUUAUGCUCUUAUUCUUGUAAGCCCCAACUGUUUAUGCAAUAUAGUUGACUUACAGACUCCAUUUAUUAGUGCAGAGGAGUUCCUCAGAGAACAUGGUCUUACCCAGUCUGAACAUAUUGAUUUGAGAAACCUUGCAUCUUUGGGUUCUCUGUACAGUUUUUGCUACUCAUCUUUUAAUAUAAAAACUGGAAGUGAGGAGGAAGUUUAUAUAACUCACAUACAUAGUCCUUCAAAAUUCUAUUGUCAGCUUAAUCGAAACACUGCAACUAUAGAGGCGUUGAUGAAGAAGGUUAGUGUCAUAAGUAAAAUGUCAAAUAAUGUGAAAUAUGAUACCACCGAUACGCGAUUAUGUAUAGCCAGGUAUUUUGAAGAUGGUCUCUUUUAUAGAGCUUUGGCUUUUCCUGUGGAAUCUACAUCCUAUUUAUGUGUUGACUUUGUGGAUUUUGGAAAUAAGCAUAUGGUAGAGAGAGACCAGUUGAUGCCUAUUCCAGACUCUGCCACUGACCUAAUGUUCACACCCAUGCAAGCUAUUAAAUGCUGUCUGUCAGAUCUUAGGGAGACAAAAAUUCCAGCAGGAGUUACUAGAUGGUUUGAGGAAACAUUCCUUGGUAAACUGCUGAAGGCUAUAGUUGUAUCCCGUGAAUCAGAUGGACAGAUUGUUGUGGAGUUGUAUGAUGGACAGCUCAAAGUAAGUCAGAAAAUUAAAGAAAAAAUAUUGGAAGAAUUGGCACCAAAAAAUUAUACGGAACAAUUUGUUGGAAGUAAUGGAGGAGUGAUAUAUCACAUGGAAGAUGGCAAAGAAAUCAAUAAAGUAACAGUUAAAAAUCCUGAAAGAGUUAAAUUGAAAGCUGAAGUGAAAUGCCGAGUAUAUGACAAGUAUUAUCAGACAGAUAUUGGACACAAUUUUGGAGGUGAAGAGCAAACUGCAUGUUGCACACAAAAGUUGUACAGUGGGUCCUCAAUACCGCUAACUUUACAGGAUAGUCAAGAACCAGGUUUGGGAAAUACUGUCAGUGCUGUUCUGGAGCACAGAGUGGAACCUCUGGUUGGAGAGCCUUCUCUUCACUCACUCUCUCAUCCUACUUUAAAUUCAGAGGAAACAACUUUAAUCAGUCUUCCUCAACGUGAUAUUCGGGUGAAUUCUGAAGUAGCAGGCUAUAUUUCUCAUAUGAAUAGUCCAUCAAGUUUCUAUGUUCAGCUUGCAGAGGAUGAAAACUUAAUAAUACAACUAGCAGAAGAAUUAAAUGAAAGCAUGGUGAAUAUAGGUCAUGAAAAUUCCUUAGAUGAGCUCAUGGUAGGGGAUCUCAUUGUAGCAGAGCAUGACAGUGAUUGUUUUUACUGUAGAGCAGUUAUUAAAACUCUGCAAUUGGGAAACUCCUUUGAGGUAGAGUUCAUUGACUAUGGUAAUGCAGCAGUUGUAAGUCCUUCAAAAAUCUUCACAAUUCAGAAAAAGUUUUUAACUUUGCCGAGGCUCAGUGUUCAUUGUUUCCUUAGCAGAGUAAAAAGUGUUCCUGAUGAAAGCUGGACUAAUGAAAGUACUUCCUAUUUUCUAAGCGAAAUAAAUAACAAGCCAGUUGCUUGCAAGUUCUUACAGCAACAUGGAGAGCAGUGGGAAAUAGAUGUAAUUUGUGAUGGAAAGUCUAUGUCUAAUGACCUUCUGCAGAAAAAAGGCAGCACAAGGUGGCAGAACACACCAAUGCAUUAUCAGGAAAAUAGGCUAAAACAAAUUCUGGUUAAAAAUGGUAAUCCUCAAGAGAGAAAAUCUAGGAAUAGUUUAGGUGGUCAAAGUAAAACUAAGCCUAUUAGGAUGAAAAAUACUUCCAAAACACCCUUAAAUGUCCUUCCUCAAGAUCUAAAUUCGGGACAGGUAGAAGGCGCAGAAGUAAUUAAUAUUUCAGAGAGUGGAGAAUUUCAUGUACAGUUACUUAGAAAUUUGCAAAUAUUGCGUGAGUUAAACAUAAUGCUUGUCAAAGAAGCACAAAGAAGUGAUUUUCUUAGGGUGGAUGACAUUGAAGAAGGAUUGGAAUGCAUGACAAAAUCUGAAAGGAACUUGAAGUGGUAUCGAUCAAAAGUGAUAAAGAAAUUUGUCAGGGAAAAGUUAAUGCUAGUUUUUUUCAUGGAUUAUGGCAAGUGUGAGAUGGUCUCCUUAAAUAGUGCAAAGAUGCUCAGUGACAAGAUUAAAAGUAUUCCUAAACAAGCUGUGGUUUGUAAAUGGGUUUGGUUUAAAAAAAUGAAGAAAAUUCAAUUUGUCCAUGUAGUAAAUGCACUCCUGGAUCAUGAAAUAAGGAUCUUGUUUUUGAGAUAUUUGGAAUCCUCUCAUAUCUGGGAAGUAGAUAUUUUAAUAGGGGAAAUUCUGCUUCAGGAGUAUUUGAACCAGAUCUUAAGUCAUUGUCGGACUAUUGUUGGACCAGAAAAAUCCAAUAAUACAAAGUGUAAGGAGUUUGAUACAUCAUUCAAGAUAAAUUCAAUCACAUGGAUGCUGCUGCAGAGUGGCAGAAGGUAUCCUGGGUUUGCAACUGCAGUUACUGAUCCUUCGAACUUCUGCAUCCAGUUUGAAGUCUUAUUUGAUUGCAUGAAAAACUUGUCUUUGCUGCUCUCUGACCUUCCUGACGACUUGCCAGCUUUGCCAAAAGAACUAGUGGCUCCUGGUGCUAGCUGCUUGAUCAAGUUUGGACUGGACAAACAGUGGAACAGGGCAGAAGUUAGUGAAGUGACAAGUCAGUCUGUUGUUCUUAAGUUUAUUGAUUAUGGCUUUCUGAAGAGCAUCCCUUACUCUGAUAUCCAUAAACUUAAAGUUAUUCCAGAAAGUCUGUCUUAUUUACCAUGCUUGGUGCAUUCUUGCUCUUUACAUGAUACAGUUCCUGCCAAGGGGGAAUACUGGAGUGAUGAAGCUAAACUUCUGUUUCAGAAGCUUCUUAGUAAACCAAGUCUGAUAUUUCAUUUUAAACACUAUGGCUCUGACAUGAAAUUAGAGGUGGAUGUUCUGUAUGAGGAGAACAGUCUAGCUCAUGUUUUAAUUGCUGCCGGCCAUGCAGUCUACUCUAGAAGUAGGUGCUGCCUCAUUCCAGUUGGCAGAAUUAAAUCAGAAGGAACAGAUUUGCAGCCUAAGUGUCCGAAUUCUAGUUACUGUGCUUCCGUUUGUGAACCAGAUUAUAAUUAUGAUGAAAACUCUUAUUUUGCUGACAGAAAUAAAGCAAAGAAGUGA